UGCAUUUCUGGCUGAGACCAACAAGACCAUCAGUCAAGGCGCAGUGCUGCAGAAGGAGAUGAAGACGGUCGAGGAAAAGGUCAUUCUGGACACCGAUUAUGCUGAUGACAUGGCUAUUAUGGACAACUCAGGGGAAGGCCUACAGGAGUCAACUGAUCUAUUAGUUCAUUAGUGCUCCUACGCUGGGCUCAGAAUAAAUGCAAAGAAGACCCAAUGCAUGGCUGUAAGCAAGUGCCAUGCGCCUCCCAGCGACCUUUCAUCAAGGAUGAUUGUAUUGAGCUGUCGGUUGAGGGUGAACCCGUUGAGCAGGUUAGCAACUUUGUCUACCUGUGUGCAACUAUCAGUGGGGAUGGGACAAUCGACAGAGACCUGGAUGUCCGUAUCCAGAAGGCUAAUGGCGCCUUUCAUCAGCUCUGGAACAUUUGGAAUAGCAGAACUAUAAAGACUCCAACCAAGAUCAGGAUCUAUAAGGCUGCUGUCCUCACCAUCUUGUUGUAUGGAGCUGAAGUCUGGAACACCAACAAAAAGCAGAUAAAACGCUUCGAGGUUUUCCAUCAGACCUCCUUGAGAAGGAUCCUUAGGAUUAAAUGGUUCUUCCAUGUUUCCAACGAAGAAGUUCUUAGGACGGCUGGCAUCAAGUCAGUUGAAACUUUCAUCAGUGCUGCCAGGCUACGUUGGUAUGGACAUGUAGUUAGAAUGCCAGACUCUAGACUACCGAGGUUUCUGUUGAACUGGAAGCAAAAUUAUGGAAAGAGGUCAAGGGGCAGACCCCGUAAGAACUGGAAGACCUGCGUACUCGAAGAUGCUGCUAAGUUUACAGGUGUUGAAAACUUCGACAACAACACAACAGAAGCCUUGGCUACCAACCGAGUACAGUGGAGACAUAUGUUACGCCGCCAACGCGAUGUGUGUGAUGCAGGCCACUCCAACGACUAGGAGGAGACCUUACCAUUUAUGUCACAAACCUUGUUCCUUGUCCUGUCAGUUCUCCUCGUGGGUGUGGUCAGCAGACCCAGGAAUCUCAACAAAAAGAAAGAGCUCUGUUGCGGAGCGACUCACUCAGCCUACAACGCCAUGGCAAGAAUAUCCCACCAAUUCGCAUAUGAGCUGAUUGGAGAACACGUAAGACAUGCGGGACCAGUAGACGUGGCUUUAUCACCCUACAGCAUCAUCAGUGUGCUACAGGCACUCUCCCUUGGAGCCAGAGGUAUAACAAAAUUAGAGAUUGAUUCGCAGCUCAAAUUCAGCGCCAACCGAAAUCACGAGAUAAUGAAAUGCAGCUUGGACUCCUUCCAACAGGAGUCUAACGCAACAGUCCUGGUAGCAAGCAGACUCUUUGCAGAUGAAUACCUCAUGAAGGGUCUGGACCCUGUGUUCGCCAAGGAGCUGAAAUAUUACUACGAUUCGGACGUCCAGGGGGUCCCCUUUUCUAAAGACCCUCCAACAGCCUGGAAGGCAGUCAAUAAAUUCGUGGAAGAGAAAACCAAUGGGAUUGUCAGCGAUUUCAUGAACAGAUGGGAUGCUACAAAGCUGAUGUAUGUUAACACCAUAGUGUUCAAAGGACGGUGGAAACAGCAGUUUAACACCUCCCUCACCCGCCAGGGUGCCUUCUUCCCCGCUCCCCGACAACACAUAAACGUUCCCAUGAUGACUAUAGAGGGCCUCUUCCGCACAAUCACCAUAUCCAAGUUCAGAUACUACGGCGACAAUCUCAAGGUUGUAGAACUGCCGUACUCAGACGACAAGUAUAACAUGUACAUCUUCAUGGCUGAGAAAGGGAAACUAGAGCUCAGCUUCAUGGAAUCUAUCAUCAACCAGCACACAAUUCCCGCCUUCAAGAGCCACUACCUGGAGGACCAAGAUAGACCUCUGAGAGUGGUUCUACCCAAGUUCAAGAUCGCUUCAGAGAUUGACAUAUCCCGGGCACUGUACAACAAGGGAGUCAGGAAGCUCUUCUCAAGGGAUGCUGACCUGGAGGGGAUAUUCACGGAUUAUCCCGUUCACUUCAACAAGAUGUUCCACAAGUCCGUUAUCGAGGUAACUGAAGAAGGUACCACAGCAGCAGGCGCAACUUCCUACACCCUAAUCAGAGCUUUUGAGAAGCAGGAAGAGUUCAUCGUCAACCGGCCAUUUGUCUACGUGAUCCACGAUGCUUGCAACAACAUGGUCCUGUUCCAAGGGCGCUACUAUGGGAGAAAUCAGAAUGAGACAUGAGGGAACGAUUUAGAGGAUGAUUUAGAGAUAUAGCAGCUAUUUAGAGUUAGGUACAGCUCAACCGAACGGAGCCAGAAAUUAAGCUAAGAGACAAGACAUUCAGCAAGAUAAACCGAAACAUGAAAACAUCACUUGACUGUUUAAUAUAUGAUUGAAUUUAUUUGAGAAUUUUUUUAUUUAAUUUCUUUUUUAACAUUUUCUAUCAACUUUUUUGCCGUUUGGGGCCAGAUAGGCGUUUGGAAAAUAAAGUUGAUCAAUAUAUAAUUUAUGUUUUAGGGAUGGAGUCCAGAGUCUGAGUCGUUGAUGACGUUGACUUAUAAGUGUGCAAAUAUUUGAAAUGUUGAGACUAAAAAGGUAAAAUAAGGGUUUUCUGACUUGCCAUCCGUCAUGUCAAGUAGACUGAUAAACAUUUCACAUGAUGUUUAAUUUAUAUAGCUUGAAACCUUUCUGGCCCUCUCAAUAUUAGAGAAAAUAUUGUGACAGUUUUGACCUUAUAGGUCAUGUAUUUUCGUAAAAAUUUCAUUAAUAUCGAACUGUAAAAUUUGUGGAAUCUGA